AUGUCAGAUUCAACCAGUAAAGUCAGAGUUCCAAGGAAACAAGUUAGACAAAAGAAAUCUUUAAUUGAAACUUAUGUGACUCCAAAAUUCAAAAAAGAUUUAAAAUUUGGUGCCGUAGCAUUCGUGCUUAUGUGCAUUGGAAUCUUCCACUAUGCCUAUAUAAUGAGGCAAUUAGUGUUAGAUCCAUAUAUGGAAAAAAAGAGAUUAAUACCAUUGGUUAUCGUAUUUCUUGUUAAUGUUAUCUUUUUGGGCUAUUUGUUAUUAUGGAAAGCUUAUCCAAUAGUUUAUGCCGAAGAAAUUGCUCAAGAGAAAGCAGAAACUGAACAAUUAAGACAAGCGGAACAAGAACAAAGAUUGAAAAAGAAAGAAUAG